GCAAUACAUCGUUAUGUAUUCUAGCAAACCUCCACCUCACAUUGCACAGUUGUAGAAUAUCCCAUUUUCUUACAUAGAGAGAAAAUGAAGAAAGAGAAGAACCUCCAUCAGAAAUGGUGUAAAUAGUGACCAAUUACUUCCAUAGAUGCUGAUCAACGGUGACGAUGACAUCACGCUGGAGGCCGAGUCGACCACGCCGCGGGUCCUAACGGUGCUAUCGUUCGUGCUAGAACGGCUAGUGGCCCGCAACGACCAGGUGGGGUCGCACCCAAUUGAGCCAUUGAUGGAGUCGGGCAAGGGUUUAAGCGUGUUUCAUGGAGUACGUGCUCCAAAUAUCAGCAUUUUCAAAUACUUGGAGAGAAUUUAUAAGUAUGUCAGUUGUAGUCCGUCGUGUUUCGUCGUCGGAUUCGUAUACAUUGACCGAUUAAUGCACAAGCACCCCGACUCGCUCGUCAUGUCGCUCAACGUACAUAGAUUGAUUGUUACUAGUGUUAUGGUCGCGUCGAAGGUCCUUGAUGAUGUGCACUAUAACAAUGCAUUUUAUGCACGAGUCGGAGGCGUAAGCAAUGCCGAGCUGAACCGGCUCGAGCUAGAACUACUCUUCUUGCUGGAUUUCGGUGUUACAGUUAGCUCACGUGUCUUCGAGAGCUAUUGUCUGCAUUUGGAGAAGGAGAUGAUGUGGAGUGGCGUCGGCCAGAGGAUCGAGCAGUCCAUGUCUAAUCCACCCGAUGAUGAAACCGAAAUAUCGGUAGGCGACACACAGCAGAGUUCUUCACCACCACCUCAUGUAAUUGAUUAAAUGUUAGGAAAUGCUUCUUUUAUGGGUAGGAAAUUAUUUAGUAGGCUGGUUUUGUAAUACAAGUAAUUAAAAAAAAAAAAAAAAAAGCUGAUGUAGUAUACGUGUGUUAGAUCUGGGCCGUUCAUGGUGGAGGGCAUGUGGAUGAAUAGCAGUCGAAAUUCAAUACUGUUUAUGUGGA